AGCUAUCCAAAUCCCAGUGAAGCGAAGGCCACCAAUCCUCUUCUUCCUCUCCGGCCGCCUCCUUCCUCACCAUGGCGCUCGCGCUGCGCUGCCCCGCCGCUGCCUCGCCGUCGCCAGCCAAGAGCACCUUCCCGCCCUCCUCCUCCCCGCCGCCGUCGAGGCUCCCGAGGAGGCCGCCCGCCAGCUGCAGGUGCUACUACUACGGCGACGGCGGUGGCUUCCGCAAGAACUACGACCACAUCCCCAAGCAGUUCCGCGAGGAGAACCUCAAAGAUGGCCUGAUGGAUAAUUACAAGAAUGUUCCUCAAUUCCUUUAUGGCUUAAGCCCUGCUCAGAUCGAAAUGUUUAUGAACGAUGAUAAUCCAUAUGAUCGGCAAUCACAGAGAGUUACAGAGGAAAGCAUUUCUGCUUCUAGGAGCUAUGAUGAAUUUGGCAUGUACAACUUGUCCGGUAUGCAUGAGGGCCCUGCAGGUUACAGCAUGGGUAUGGGAAUGGGCACCAUGAGCAUGGGCAGGGCAGGGCGAGGAUAUAGAAGAAUGAGAAGUUCAGCUCCAGAUCUGCCAUCAUUGCUAUUGGACUCUCGAAUUAUAUUCCUUGGAAUGCCUAUUGUUCCAGCAGUAACAGAGCUUAUUGCUGCGCAAUUUCUGUGGCUAGAUUAUGAUGACCGCACCAAGCCAAUUUACUUGUAUAUAAACUCCACAGGAACCAUGGAUGAAAACAAUGAGCUGGUUGCAUCUGAAACUGAUGCAUUUGCAAUUGCUGAUUUUAUCAAUCGAAGCAAAUCCAAGGUCUACACAAUCAAUCUUAGCAUGGCAUAUGGUCAGGCUGCAAUGCUUCUGUCCCUUGGCGUCAAGGGUAAAAGAGGAGUGCUACCAAAUUCAAUCACUAAACUGUACCUGCCUAAGGUCCACAAAUCUGGUGGAGCUGCUAUUGACAUGUGGAUUAAGGCAAAAGAGUUAGACACGAACACGGAUUACUACCUUGAACUGUUGUCAAAAGGAGUUGGAAAACCAAAGGAAGAGCUCGCAGAGUUUCUCAAAGGUCCAAGGUACUUCCGUGCGCAGGAGGCCAUCGAUUAUGGGCUUGCAGAUACAAUCUUGCACUCUUUGGAUGGUUCCUUCAAACCAAAGGAUCUGACCGCGCAGUUGGCCAAAGCACAGGAGAUGCGGCAAUCGGGGAAGCGCCCAGCAGCUGGAGCUGGGCGAUGGUCAACUCCAAGUGUCCCUAGAUAGACUAGAACGUCAGAUCAAAACCAUACACUAGCUUAAUAUCGACGAUGAUACGCGUGGUUGUCCUAUUCAGAGCAGCCUACCUGUUACAUUUGCAUGCAAGAAGAAAUCCUGUCAGGGUUUGGAAUAGAUUCAGGCUGACGAAAACGUUGCUUACUGCAGUGGCUUUUGUGUUAUUGGGUCAUCUAUGAAUACGAUGAAUAUGUAGUUUAUGCUGCCUUCCUGCCAAGGUUGUUGUAUUUUUCAGAUAGAAUUCACUAGUGGAGAUGGUAAUCCAGUAAUCCAUGUGACCAAGUAUUCUUCUUAUUCA